AUGUUUUUUUCCCUCUUUCUCUAUUCAAAUUUCAUUCUAUCCUCUCUCUCUCUCUCUCUCUCUCUCUCUUUCUUCAUGUUUCUUUUUGAUUUCCCAUUUCAACACCAAAUCUCUCUCGUUCUCUUUAAAUUUGUUUUUUUCUUUCUGACUUUUCUCUUUCUAUCUUUUUCUUCCUUUCUUCUUUCCUUCCCUUCGAUACUUCCGUUAUUUACAAUCUAUAUCCGGCUCUUUUUUUAUCCUCUUCUCUCUCUCUCUCUUUCUCUCUCUCUCUCUCUCUCUCUCAUUUCUUUCUUAACUUAUAACUUUCUUUCAUUUUCUAUUUCUUUUCUUAUUGCUAUCACUAUAAUCUCUCUAUCUUCUUCCUCUCACUUUAUCUAUUUCAUUUUUCCCUUUUUUUAUAUUUCCAAUCAUUCCCUUUCAUUUCUCUCUCUCUUUUUAUCCUCUUUUCGUCUCUUUCACCUUUCUUUAUUCCUUCUUUUUUUCUUUCUUUCUCUAUUUUUAAUUUUCUUCCUCUUCCUUUUCCUCUCUAAAUCUCUCACUUUUUAUCCUUUUUCGUCUCCUCAUUUUUCUCUCUUCUUCUUUAUUCCUUCUUUUUCUUUUCUGACUUCUAUUUUGUUCUCCUCUUCCUUCUUUUUUUCCUCUCUCUUCUUUUUAUCCUCUUUUCGUCUCCUUUCACCUUUCUUUAUUUCUUCUCUUUUAAAACAUUUUCAAAAUUUUUUCUUUUCUUUCCUCUCUCUCUCUCUGAAUCUCUUUUUUUUAUAG